CCCGAUACAAACCCGAUCUGGCCUGCGCCUCACUUCCUUUCCCCUUCACGCCUCCCUCUGAUUUAGGGAAGAAUCGAACGAAACCGUUCCUGCUCUCUCUCUCGCCGAUGGCUUCCGAUGCAUUCGCCGACAGGAACGCCGUGUUCAGGAAACUCAAAUCGAAGUCCGAGAACAAGAUUUGCUUUGAUUGCAAUGCGAAGAACCCGACGUGGGCGUCGGUGACUUUCGGAAUCUUUCUCUGCCUCGAUUGCUCCGCCGUUCACCGCAGCCUCGGCGUGCACAUCAGCUUCGUGAGAUCUACAAAUUUGGACUCUUGGACUCCUGAUCAACUAAAGAUGAUGGUUUUUGGAGGCAACAACCGUGCCCAAAUUUUCUUUAAGCAGCAUGGCUGGACAGAUGAUGGCAAGAUUGAAGCCAAAUAUACAUCAAGAGCAGCUGAAUUGUACCGGCAAUUGCUUUCCAAAGAGGUUGCGAAGAGCUCUGCAGAGGAUAUUUCUUUGCCAUCUUCACCUGUUGCAGCAUCUCAACCACCCAAUGCAUUGAAUGAACUCCCUGAACUCAAGCUUGUAGAUUCACAGAAGGAGGUUACAGAUGAGACAAUUGAACCUGAAAUUCCUCGUUCACCUAAAGCUCCGAUCCGUUCUUCUGUUAUCGGUUCUUCCAAGAAGCCCUUUGGUGCAAAGAAGACCGGAAGCAAGACUGGAGGUCUUGGUGUACGGAAGCUUACAACAAAGCCAAAUGAAGACCUUUAUGAUCAAAAGCCUGAAGAACCUGCACCUGUUUCUGCACCAGUCUCUACUAAUUCGAGGACAACGAGUGGUCAGCCAUUUCCCUCUCGGUUCGAAUAUAUUGAGAGCACACUUUCUGCUGAGAGCAAUACUGGCGAUGCUCAAGUUCUCAAUCAUGUUGCUCCACCAAAAUCUUCUAGUUUCUUUGAAGAUUUUGGAAUGGACAGUGGCUUUCAGAAGAAAUCUUCCUCAUCAUCAAAAAUACAGAUUGAAGAAAGUGAUGCGGCAAGGCAGAAGUUCUCAAAUGCAAAAUCAAUAUCAUCAGCCCAAUUCUUUGGUGAUCAAAACAAAGCAAACAACGAGGCUCAAAUAUCCCUUGACAAAUUCUCGGGGUCGACAUCCAUUUCUAGUGCUGAUCUGUUUGGUCGUGGAAACGAUUCUACAAUUGACAUGACUGCUUCUGAUCUCAUUAACAGAAUCUCAUUCCAGGCAUCACAAGAUAUAACCUCGAUCAAGAGCAUGGCUGGUGAGACAGGAAGGAAGUUGACAUCUCUAGCUUCGGGUCUCAUCAAUGACAUACAGAACAGGAUGCUUUGAGCUAACACAUUGAACAUAAAAAGUUCAACAGUUAGCCAAUUCGCGAUGAUCAUAGUACAAAUCACUCCAGUCAUCAAAAGCCUCAAAUUUUCUUCCUUAUCCUCGCUUUUUUGUUCUUGUCAGAGUUGGAUAAAUAAACUUGGAUAGUUUCUCAAAUCCGCCUGCAUUAUGUACGCUGAGCUGCGUAACAUAUAGCAGGUCUGCCUUGAUCAAAACUAUGUAUCUAGAGAUCCCUGAAAGUUUUCUUUCAUUUUCUUUUGUACUCGUGAACCUUGCCAAAGCAAAAUCCUGAAGUUGUAGGUUUGUUUCAA